UCUACAUCCCACUGAACCUGCAAUGUUGCCUCUUGCAUUCUACAUCAAGUAUCUGCUAUCAAGAUACAGAGUCCUGUAAAACAAGGUUCCAAGAAGUCCAAGAGAGUUUAAAAGGAACAGAAACUGCCUACUUAAGUUAGUUGGAAAGGAGGAGUCAACAGAUUGCAAAAGCAUAAAGGUUGGGUUUCACUCUGUCAGGUACUUCCUUCUGCACACCACACCCAUUUUAUCAGUGACUCUUAACUGAAUACUGAAGCAAACGGCAGCAUGUUAAAAGGAGAAAGCAACACCCUCCUGAAAUGUUGGUUACACGCUGCUUUUCAAAGACCACCAGUGUUGGGAUUAUGUGUCUUCACCUGUUUCGUGGCUUGGUGUGUGAGAGCAGAUACAGGACAAGAAUGCCCUAAAUUUACUGAUCUUAACAUAGCCAAUGCUGUGAUUGGUACAGAUGUAAAAGUGCAACUGCUUUUGCACACACGGAGAAACCAAAACUGUGCAGAGAUUCUCAAUGAAAACAAUCUAACGGCUUCUACACAUCUAAAUCUGACCAAGCAAACUAUUAUUAUUAUUCAUGGUUACAGACUUACAGGUUCCCCACCAGUAUGGAUUGAUGAAAUUAAAGAGCUUCUGCUUAAAAAAGAAGACAGCAAUGUUAUAACGGUAGACUGGAAUCGGGGUGCCACGACUGUGUAUUAUCCCAGUGCUGUUAACAAUGCCAAGGCAGUAGUAGGAAUUUUGAACAAUCUUAUUGACCAAAUGCUGGCAAAUGGAGCGUCUCUUGACUCUGUAUAUAUGAUUGGAGUAAGCCUUGGGGCUCAUAUAGCUGGAUUUGUUGGGAAGGCAUACAAUGGCAAAAUUCGCAGAAUUACAGGUCUUGACCCAGCAGGGCCAUCAUUUACAGGAAAGCUGCCCAGUGAAAGAUUGGAUCACACUGAUGCUCAAUUUGUUGAUGUUAUUCAUACUGAUAUUGAUGCUUUGGGCUACAGGGAGCCUUUGGGAAACAUCGAUUUCUACCCAAAUGGAGGAACAGAUCAACCUGGAUGCCCCAAAACAAUAUUCAGUGGCACUCAGUAUUUAAAAUGUGAUCAUCAGAGAUCUGUUUUCUUGUACAUGGCAUCCUUGAAACAGAAUUGUAAUGUAACUGGAUACCCUUGUGACUCAUACGUAAAUUAUAGGAAUGGAAAAUGCGUUCACUGUGAAGCUUUUCAGCCGCUCCCAUGUCCAGUUUUGGGUUAUUAUGCUGAUAAGUGGAAGGACCGUUUAAUUGAAAAGAACCCUCCUGUGACAAGAGCUUACUUUGACACUUCAGACAAAGACCCAUUCUGCAUGUAUCAUUACUCUGUGGAUAUUCUUACCUGGAACAGAAAUAGUAGGAGAGGUUUCAUAAACAUCAAAAUAACAGAUGAUGCUGGAAAUACAACGGAAUCCAAAAUAAAUAGCGGUGCAGCUGCAUUUCACCAAUAUAGACAAGCCCAUUUGCUUGCUGGAUUUCAUGUGGAUUUCGACAAAGUAUCCAAAAUAGCCUUGACAUUUUCUACAAGGAAUGCAAUAGGCCCCAAGUACAAGCUUAGGGUCCUCCAAAUGAGAUUAAAAUCUCUUUCAGAUCCCCAAAGGAUUCAGCUAUGUAGGUACGAUUUUGUUCUGCUGGAAAAUAUUGAAAUGACCUUCAGACCUAUUCCAUGCCAUUGAUAUUGAAGUGUGAAACAAUAGCAUCUUUCAAACCCGCCUGCGUGCAUAAAGCACAGACAGAACAAAGAAGUGGCAUAGAGCUAAACUUACUCCCUUCAAGAAGGUUGAACUUUCAAAGAUUAUGACUCAGAUUAAGGAUCAGAGAACUGCUGCAAGAAAAUCAAAUAUUUUUGAUGCAUAAAUAUGUGUAUGCUACCAGCAAUCAAUUUCUAAUUAACAAGAGGAAAAUCGAUACUGUGAAUCAUAUUCUGUGUAGACUUAGACUACUGUCUUGCACACAGUGCUGCUGAUGUCCCAUUGAAAUUAUAAUUUCAUCCCUAUGUGCAUAGCAAAGCAUAUGAAAACAUUCGGUUGUAUCCAGCUAAGUUCUGCUCAGGGUGGAUCCACUGAAAUUAAUGCACCUUUCCGUGAAUUUCAGUGGGUGUUUUCUGAGUAUGGCUAACAUUGAAUGGAUUCCCCCUUUUCCCCACAAUAAAUUUCAUAUCGGUAGAGGAUGAGACUUUUAAUCUCAGGGUUGUGGGUUCAAGUCUCACGUUGAGCAAAAGAUUCCAGCAUUGCAAGGGGUUGGACUACAUGACCCUCGUGGUCACUUCCAGCUCUACAAUUCUAUGAUUCUUUGACUGUAUGUUAGACAAAUGUAACUGCUUUUAAGAACAAAUGUGGUAGUGCUAGAAAUCAGGAAGAUAAGAUCGCUGAGGUUAUUCUUUGGGUCUGUGCAUUAUUGGAAAAGGCCUUGUUGGUGGAGAGGACCACGUUGCGCACAUUGGAGCCCACAGCCUCACAAAGGCCAGCUAAACUGAGACUAUAAAAUGGAUCAAGUUGCUACUUUGGGAUAUUAGAAAUGAUUAAAACUAGACAAAGGAGCAAAAGUUUAGCCCCUUUCAGGUGUUUGAAACCCAUAGAUACGGAAUGCAUAAAGGUGCUAUGUGGAAUGCAUGAGCUAACCCUCUCCCCUAGGUGCCAGUGCACAUGCCAGCCAUAGACUCUGGGUUUUCACCCAGCUGGAGGAUAUGUCCACUGUUCAAGGAUAGGAAACCUUUUUCAACCUGACGGCCACAGACAAGAGGAGGGUACAGCACAAGGCCAGUAAAAAGCGUGGUCUGGGAAGAGGGAAUGUGUCCUGCAGGGAGUCCUAAUGGCCAGGGAGAGAGAGGCCUGAAGUUCCCCUCCCCUAGACUAGCCUGUAGGUUCCAGUUAGCCAUGUCUGCAGUUCCUAAACAGGCAUCUAACAGGGACUCAUAUAUUCUUCAGCAUGUGAACAUUAUUAUUUCAAUGUACAUUUAAUAAAGAUUUGUUUAUUUCAA